AAAGACAGGCAUGAGCUACAUAAAGCAUUCAGGUUCAUUCAAACCACAGAAUUUUGAGGAAACAUGCACAAAGUUCUUACUUUAUGUGAAGUUCUGCCUGGAAGCGGUUCACAGUAACUAGAAUUUACUACUAUUGUUUAGAAACAGUUGCUUUGUGUUAGAAGUUUGCAAGUUGCCUAUAGAGCAGGGGAACUCCUCUCAAACUCUUGCAAUUUCUACUCCUGGCCUCUUCGCUUCCCCCCCCCCUUCCAUGACGUAUGUCACCCACAUCAUUAGGUGGCUAAAAAUGACCAUUUUUGGGUUCCAUAGGCAGUAUGUUGGUGGCACCUUUGCUAUUCCUGUAAGUAUUUUUACCAUCUCCAAUUUGCUCAGCAAUGCACAUCUAGACGUAAGGAACUUUUUAGUGCAUCUGUUUCUAAAUCCUGGACAUCAAUAUAUUAAAAAAAAAAGAAUUAAAUAUCAAGAGCCAAGCAAAGACUAACUGAACUGCAAGUUGCAAAGAACACUUUACUAAACUAAACACAAACUGGAGGCAGAGCAGGAAAAAAUUUCCAGCAACAGAAGCAUCACAAUCUAAGACAUCAGUAAAAUCCCGUAUCCAACGCAAGGUUUUUGAAGCUUGCUGAGCGAACGUUUGUGAAGGCUGGACAUGGCAGUUCUCUUUCUCUUAGCAGCUUUGCUGCAAGAGCCAGUUUCAAGUACCUUGUAUGGAUCCAGGUUUUUGACAGGUGAGGUUGGAGGAUCGGUCACCCAUCAGUGCUUCUACUCCAUCAUACCAGCCAACAAAUACGACCGAAAAUACUGGUGCAGAAUAGCAGGAAACGGAGUUUGCUACACCAUCAUUUCUACAACCGGCUACAUCUCAAAAGGCCACGUGGGGCGAGUGUCUCUCGAGGACAUCCCCCAGAAAGGCACCUUCACGGUGACAAUGACAGAGCUGAAGAAGAACGACACAGGGACCUACCGAUGCGGCAUCGGCACCACCAACAGAGACCUGUACGUCAGCCUGAACCUGACGAUUUUGGCAGAUGCCGGUGCGUUGGGGUCGACCGAGCUCGUCCAGGGAGAGCUCCACGGCUCUGUCACGGUCCUGUGCCCUCCUGGGGACACCCAAGGCAGCAAGAAGAGGUUCUGGUGCAAACUGGGGAGAACCGGCUGCACUCUCAUAGCUGACACCGAUGGCUACGUGGGAAAGAGUUACCAAGGACGAAUCUUUAUCACCGCUCAGGAGAGCUCUGGAGCUUUCAAAAUCUUGAUAAAUGACUUAAAAAAGGAAGACUCGGGGCUGUACAGGUGCGGGACGGGAAGGCUCAGCGGUCAGGACAGCCAGCGGAUGGUGGCUCUGCAGGUGACCACAGCCUCCACCCUUCCCAAGAGACCAAAAUUUCUCAGCGGCACAGUCGGAGGCUCGCUGUCCGUGAAGUGCCACUAUGAUCCCAAAGGGAACUACGAGAAGAAGUACUUGUGCAGGUGGAAGGAAGCUAGCUGCUCACUGCUUGUGGAUGUGGAUGGGUUUGUGCACGAGUCCUACAAAGGGCGAAUACAAAUAGCCAGCAGCAACCAGGAAAAUGGGACUUACACCGUGGUGAUGAGCCACCUGAGAGAGGAGGAUGCAGGAUGGUACUGGUGCGGGGCUAAAAACGGGCACACAGAGCACACGUCCUCCGUGAAGCUGCGCAUCCAGAAGGAAGCCUGCUCUUCACAACACCCGGAAACAUCCAGUUUUGUGAAACCCACUUUAUCAAGUCUGUCCAUCUACAGCACGCCCACACAGAGGAGCACCACGAGCCUGGCAUAUGCAAUGGGCACUGUGACCGAGAGCACCAGCACCCUGCUGCCCACUACCCCCCCCCAGCACCUCUGUAACCUCCCCAGGCAAAAUCUAUCACGAGAGCUCAUCAGGUGAAUCACACCUGCUCCCAGUUGUGUUACCAGCUCUCAUUUUACUGAUUUUCAUCACUAUCACUAUUCUCGCCCUGACCAAAAUAAAGCUUCAAAAGGAGACGGGAGAAGAAAGAAGCGCCAUAGGAAACCUGGCAGCAACGCCAAUUCGGGCUGGUCUGAACCCUGUAAAAGAGCAAACGAUGGAGCAAACCCCGAGUCCAGAAAAAGUGCAUGAAUGCGGGACAGACUCCAGCCAAUGUAGGAUAAUCUAUGAUAUCCUUGGAAGAUUCAGGAUGACCAACUCAUGUCAACCCUAUGGGGAAAAACAUACCUUUCAAGGUGACUGAUGAAGACUUGAGGCAGAACCCCCUUCCAUCAAAGCCCCUGUGUACAUGAGCUUGGAAGUUUCCCUACGGAAAGCUGAGGCACGGCUAUAAACUGCAAAGCGCUCAGCACCGCUUGUUGCUCGCUGCCCUGCUCAGAAGCUGAACGUCCCGAGUUGAGAGCCAGAUCCCCGCCGGCUGCCCAAAUGCCACUUGCUAUGUGAUCUGUAGAAGAGAGAAUAAAA